GUGGGAUGUUAUCCUCAAACAACAACAAACUAAUCUUCGCUGUUACAUCCCAUAGAUACCUGUUUUUUUUUAAUGAGCGUUUUGUUGCACAACCUCAGAGGAGAGAGAGAAAUGGAAAAUGUGCAUCUCGCUGUGGAGGAGGAGGAUCUUUAUUCGGGAUACAACGACUAUAAUCCAACAUUAGACUCCGAAGAGUUGGAGAAUGAUGUGGGCUUUCAACAAGCAGUAAGGACAAGCCAUGGAAGGAGACCUCCUAUGACUGCUAAAUUUCCUGGCACUGCCAUUGGAGCUCGACCUUUAGCUACGGCAUUUGGAGCUCGGAUCCUUUUGGCCUCAUCAAUGGGCCGACCCAUGACUGGAGCUGUUCAGGAUGGAGCAGCCCGUCCAAUGACUGCUGUCAGAGCAGCAGGUUACACCUCCUCCCUGACCCGUGGCUCAAACUUUGACCCUCUAGGCCAGUCCAAAGGCCCUGCUCCUCCACUUGAAGGAAAGAAUGAGGACACGCCUGAGGAAAAGAUCAAGAUCCUGGAGAAGAAAGUGAACGACCUGAUCGAAGAGAGCUGCAUGGCACAGAGCAUUGGAGCCUUACAACUGGCACUUGAAAAAGCCAAAGAGGCGGGGAGGAAGGAGAGAGCUCUGGUGAGACAGAGGGAACAAUCUGGCAAUGCUGAAAACAUCAAUCUGGACCUCACCUACUCUGUUUUGCUGAACCUUGCUAACCAGUACGCAAACAAUGAAAUGUACCCAGAGGCCCUGAACAGCUACCAGGUCAUCGUGAAGAACAAGAUGUAUAGUAACGCAGGCCGCCUGAAAGUCAACAUGGCCAAUAUCUACGUGAAACAGAAGAGCUACCCCAAAGCCAUCAAGUUCUACCGGAUGGCCCUGGAUCAGAUCUCCAACGCUCACAAAGAGCUGAGGAUCAAGAUCAUGCAGAAUAUCGGCGUGGUUUUUGUCCGCAUGGGCCAAUACUCUGACGCCAUAACUUCUUUUGAGCACAUCAUGAGCGAGAGCCCCAACAUCAAGACGGGCUUCAACCUCAUCCUGUGUUACUAUGCCAUCGGAGACAGAGAGAGGAUGAAGAAGGCCUUUCAGAAACUCAUCUCUGUUCCUCUGGGCAUCGACGAUGAAGACAAGUACAUCCCGUCUAAUGAUGACACUGACUCGAAUAUGGUCAUCGAGGCCAUUAAGAACGACAAACUCCACCAGAUGGAGAGAAAUCUCAAAGUCCUGGCUGAGAAGUACAUCAUGACCGCGGCUAAGCUCAUCGCUCCGGCCAUUGAGACAUCCUUUGCUACCGGAUUUGACUGGUGUGUGGACAUAGUGAAGAGUUUUCAGUAUAUUGAGCUCGCCAACGAUCUAGAGAUAAACAAAGCCAUCACCUACCUCAGACAGAAGGACUUCAACCAAGCAGUGGAGACUCUGAAGACAUUUGAGAAGAAGGACAGCAGGGUGAAGAGUGCUGCAGCCACCAACCUGUCCUUCCUCUACUUCCUGGAGAAAGAUUAUGACCAGGCUGACCGAUACGCUGACCUCGCCAUGACCGCUGACCGCUACAAUCCCGCCGCUCUCAUCAACAAAGGCAACACGGUGUUCGUGAAGCAGGACUAUGAAAAGGCUGCCGAGUUCUACAAGGAAGCUCUGAGGAACGAUUCCUCCUGCACCGAGGCCCUCUACAACCUGGGUCUGACCUAUAAGAAGCUGAGUCGUCUGGAGGAGGCUCUGGACUGUUUCCUGAAGCUUCACGCCAUCCUGAGGAACAGCGCUCAGGUCAUGUACCAGCUGGCCACCCUAUACGAGCUCCUGGAGGACCCUCAGCAGGCGAUCGAGUGGCUGAUUCAGGUCCUGAGUGUGACUCACACCGACCCCCAGGCACUGGCCAAACUGGGCGAGCUGUACGAUAGCGAGGGGGACAAAUCCCAGGCUUUCCAGUACUAUUACGAAUCCUUCAGGUACUUCCCCUCCAACAUCGAUGUGAUCGAGUGGCUCGGGGCGUACUACAUCGAGACACAGUUCUGUGAGAAGGCCAUUCAGUUCUUUGAGAGAGCCACACUCAUACAACCAACUCAGGUGAAGUGGCAGCUAAUGGUGGCAAGCUGCUACAGGAGAAGUGGAAACUACCAGAAAGCUCUGGAAACGUAUAAGGACAUUCACCGCAAGUUUCCCGAAAACGUGGAAUGCCUGCGUUUCUUGGUGAGGCUGUGCACAGAUAUGGGAUUGCAGGAAGUCCAGGAAUACGCCACCAAGCUGAAGAAAGUGGAGAAGAUGAAGGAGAUCAGAGAGCAGAGGGUGAAGUCUGGGCGGGAGAGCAGUGCCAGAGGUCGCAGAGAGGGCAGCACGGGGAGUGCAGCAGGCGUCUCCACAUCUGUCCUCUCCUCUCCUAAGAAGGCCGGCAUUAUGGAGACGGAGGUUAAAGCGGUAUCUCAACCUGAGUCUCAACAAACCAGUCCUCUGUUGGACUCAGGGAGAGACAGCGCCCACAGCAGCGGCAGCACUAAAGGAGAGCGUCUGAGCGCCAAGAUGAGGUCACUUCCUGGAUCCAACGAGCCGUACGAGGCCAGCAGCCCGAAAGAAAUAGAUGCGUCCUACGUGGACCCUCUGGGGCCGCAGGUGGAGAGACCGAAGACGGGAGCCAAAAAGCGCGUGGAGGACGACGACUUUGCAGAUGAGGAGCUGGGAGACGACCUGCUGCCGGAGUAACGUCUGACUCCACCUUCAGCCUCGACUGCUUUUUUUUUUGUCACCUUGAGCACAAACCUGACCACAAGACCAAAGCGUUUUAUACUCCAACAGAUGUUAUGAGAUAGAGACUUGACUUGUAAGAUGUCUUUACCUCAUGUCAGAUCUGCCUUAAAUCUGCUUGAUACACAUCCUUUUUUAAACAUCAAUAUUUAAACCUAUUGCUUUGGCAGAGGAAGGUCUGUGUAUAUGAAAGGGAUGGAAACGGGUUUGGCAGUCUGGAAAUAUUUGGACAUUUUGUUUUGGCUCUGUAGUCGGACACAAGGAAUCUGAAAUGUGAGAAACGAUCCCAAUGCAUUUAAAGUGUUGACUUCACUUUGACUGUGUUUACAUUCACAACUCAUGAAGUGUUUGGAAAUGAUACACCUUUUGGACAUGCUGUUCCUCCCAGGGGUAAACAAGACCUUUAUUUUAAGUCUGAUUUUAACCCUCACUGUUGCCUUUCUUUAGUUUGAUCCCAGUGUUUGGGCACAGAGCCAAAACAAGGAGUAACAUAUCACUGUCGAAAUAUUUUCAACUAAACUGUGUGUUUCCACGUGUGUGAGCCUGGGAACCUUCUGGAAAAUCCAUCAACAUGAUAUAAGAGCUUAUGUAAUCCAUCCAUGUCGGGUCCUGUGUGGUUUUACAUUUUGUACUUAUUCCAAACAUGUCUGUAUGUAGUAUUUAUUUGUUUGUUGUAAAAUACAUUUUAAAUAAACUAUUUUAUCUAUUGAAACCACAA